AGAUCCAAACCCAACCUAAACCAAGUAGAAAUAAUGUCAAGUUUGUAAGCUGAGUAAGCCCAGGAUGGUAGCAAGAUAUUCUCUUAUUUUCUGUUUGUUACUCAAACUUUGUGCGACUGAGCAGAUGAAACAAAAUUUAAGCAGUAGAACAAGAAGAGGAAUAAACAAACACUAUAGUGACGAUCAUUGUUUAAACCACUUCUCUGUGGAAUCAAGUACUAUCAUAAGGACCAAGGACAGCAGAGAGAAUGGAGCUGUAUUUAUUAACGAAACUGAGGUGGAGACCAUGUCACGCUGUUUGCAUCUUUGCUGCUCAACGCCACUUUGCAACGUAGCUGUCUUUGGAGAGGUUAACAGCUGCUACUUGUUUGACUGUGGGUCACCUGAAGCUUUCAAAUGUCAGUUCACCGGCAGCGACGACUUUUCCAGUGCAGUACUUGAAAUUGACCGGCACAGGUUUGACCUGAGUGCAGCAGAUAAGCAAAGAGAUCAUUCUGACCAACUUUCACAACUGAGGAACCCCAAACCAGACAAUCAAGAUCAGGUUGAACCGUCUCCAAUUAUUCAAGAUGACUGCGGACAGUGGCAAUUUAGCUGCAAUUCUGGAGAUUGUAUUGCAAUAUAUGAUGUAUGCAACAACAUUCCACAGUGUAGAGAUGGAAGUGACGAGGAUCCAGGGUUCUGCAAAACCCAAACAACAACAAUUCCAACAACUACAAAUAUGUUGAUUGCUAGACAGGAUAGUCUGCAAGGUUUCCAGGGGGUGAAUCAAGGAAUACCUGUUCCUAAAUACCCGUACUUGCCACAAUAUCAGAACCCGUUCCGGCUCUAUAACCACUAUCCUUCACAAUUUAAUUAUCAACAACAGUUUCAACAAGAAAUGACAACCACCAUAAUGCCAACUGUAAAGGAAACCGUAACAGAAAAGUCAACAACAUUGAAGAAAUUAAGAAUUUACAGCACAACACCAACUAACCUUCCAGAGGUUGAGAGUUACGAGGAAAAAUUAAUCAAAGAAUUGGGAGAUAAGCUAACUCCACUUGGGAUUCCAGGAAUCGCUAUAUUCACUUUAACAGUUGGUAUCAUGUUAACAACAUUCAUUUUUGUUGUUGUAAUCUGCAGAAUCCAUAGGGGACGCAUCAGUUUCAGGAGAAAUCUGACACAUGAAGCUGAUGGAGAUUUCCUUGUCAAUGGAAUGUAUUUGUAAUCAUUGGCUAUGCUAUGUGUAGAUUUUUAAAUAAAUUUACAUUUUUCCCAACCAA